AUGGAGAGGAUCCCCGCUGCCUGCGCCAUGAACUGGAGUAUCGAGCUUGAGAAAGGCAUUCGGUCAAGAAGACAAGGUCCGUACUGUUUGAAGUCGAUCUCCACCUUGUUCUCUCGGGGCGAACUUGGAUAGCGGCGUGAAAGGAUCUUGGCGUUCCGUUUUGUGCUUUCCCUUGGUGUUUCUCUGUGGACGCUUCACCCGACUAAGCGUUCCUGCUUCUUGAUCCUUCCUGAAAUAGUCUUGAGUAUGCGGUUUUUCACUGGUGACCUCGGUUUUCACGAAGAGAGAACGGGUUAGAAUAUUCGCAUUUGUUUUUUUUCGUUCAGAUUUCCAUCUGAAAUAAAAUCAGUCUGGUUUCAUGAUAUUAUCAUGCAAGCAGACAGACUUAUCUUAUUGGCCGGUUCUAGUUUCUACGAUCACAGCAUAAGAAAUUGUCAAUUCCCAACUUAAGUCUGCUUUUUCUGUGCGUGUAAGCAUGAUAUGGUCCGCUCUUAUUCCUUGGACUGAAAGGUUUUUAUUUUUUUGAGUCUGCUGGGAGGUUGACAAAUUGUUAUGUUCUUGUUCAAUCGGUUCAGGCCAUCCCGAAGAGGUGAUAGAGCAGAUUGGACCCAGACUUCUCUCGUGGAGCCGGGAAUCAUGUGCCACUUUGUCUGCGUCAAAGAUGUACGAUUUGAUACCUGGGGAGGAGAGAAGUUUUGCAAACACGAUUCUUACACGGCUUGUGGAUGCUUUUCGCUCUGGCAAUAACCGGAUGAGAUCUUCCAUUUUGAAGGUUUUUCUGUUGGAGUUAAAGCACAUUAAGGACAAGGGUAAGAGGUAUAAUGGCAUUCUCUCGAAGAAAAGGUUACCAAACUACUUAGAAUUGUUAAAAAGGCUGUGGUUGGUUUUUGAUACUGGUGAUGUCGAAGCAAGAGCGUUAUCAUUACGCCUUUUGGGUUGUUGGGCUCCCUUAACACAUGAUAAUGCUGAUGUGCAGAAUAUAGUCAUAUCGAGCUUGCAGUCAAAGCAUGUUUUGGAGGUGGGAUGAGUAUGUUCUUAUAGUAUUCUUUUCCCUAACCAGAGGUUUUGAAAUGUAUAGAGAACUUUAUAACAUACAAUAUUAUUCGUUCUAAUAUAUUGUAUGCAAUAUUUCCAGGUGAAAGCAUCUCUAUUUGCUUGUGGGUGUCUAUCUAUAUUGUCAGAGGAUUUUGUUCGCAUUAUCCUUGGCAUAUUGGUAGACGUUUUCUGCUCGGUGACGGUUCCAUUAGAUGUAAAGUUUGCCACAGCUCGUGCUUUCGGUGAAAUUCAAUGCUCUUCACUCCUGGCCUGUAGAGCCUACAAGGUGCAGAAUUUCAACAGUGUAUUAUGUGAUUUGAACAUCUAGUGAACAAGUUUCCAUUCUUUGAUGGGCCUUGCGUGUCAGAAUAAUUAUUGAAAAACAUUUUCUGUUCUGAGUUGCCUGAACAUCUGCAUUUUGUAUCCUUCACUGAGUCUGUUUCUUCUCAGAUGAAGCUAUUCUUGGCUUUGGUUUCUUUGAGUUGCAUAACAAUAAGAUAUUUUUGGGCAUUUGAACUCGGAUUCAUUCAUAUGAUCAGCUUGCUAUGUGCCAUUGUUUAUGAUGAUGCGAUGAAAGCUGUCAAGGAAAGUUUGUGUCACCAUUAUAAUUGUGCACACGGGUAACUUCGAUGUUGAAGACUCCAUAAUGGGGCUUGAAUAAGUUAUAUGGUCUGUACAAAUUAUAACAGCAACUGAGUUAUUAAUACUCUUAUAAUCUUUGAAAGUGGAGGACACUCACCAAUUAUUAAAUGAAAGGAUUUAAGGAAAAUACUUAUCUGGGAAGAUCACCACAUCGUGAUGUGUUUAAAUGUAAGCAAUCUUCCUUUAAAAUUAUUAUGGACCGAUGAUUCUGCACACCAUAUUAGAAACCUCACUAUUCAAGGACAAAUAAACUUGGAGAAAUGGCAACAUUAUUUGCUGAAAAAUUCGAAUGAGUGGUGGCAGUCAUGCCCCUGGAGUGAUGUUGUUGGUGAUGUAUUAAUUUUUGCAAAUUUGGGUGGGAGGACAGUUAAUUUCAGUUUUCAUUUCUGUUUGGCAUGUAACAUAUUGAAUGAAUGUUUUGGGAAUUUGCACUUGGAGUGAGGAAUUCGAAGCCAACUCAUAGAGGAAGGUUAGUUGUGUCAUACGAAAAAUUAUCAGGAGAAGCAAUAGUUCAAUAUAUAGAGGGAUUUGUUGACCAAACCCGAUGUGCGAACUAGCAGUUUUAGUUUUUUUUCAGUCAUAAUCUUUAAGAGGUUUAUGAGGAAGGUUUUAGGGAGACACCAGCUGCUCUAUUUAGCAGUAUAUGUGGAUUUUACUCAAAUACGACCUGCAUAUGUUGACACAUAUUCUCACUAGAGAGUUCAACACUUCUGAUGUAGUCCACAUUGGCAACAUUGGUUUUUAUUUGGAAAUUGUAGGUAUCAUGUUAAUUCUAAUUUUGCAUGAUGCUUCAUGAGAUUUCUGUUGUGCUUUGGGACCAAGAAUGAUGCUAAGUUCAUAGUCUCAUUCUUAUUUUUUAUAAAUAUUUGCUGUGUUGCAUUUUAUCUAUGGGUUCCUGUUUUUGGUUGUUAGAUGUAUAAUAGACAGUCAAUUCCAUAGAGCAAUCAAUUUGGCUUAUCAUCCUUUGUUUCAACAACUCAUGAUACGCCUGUAUCUUGACGGUGGUGGAAUACAUGUUGCAGAUCUGAACUGAUUGUUGACUUCAGAAGAUAAUAUUUGUCAUAUUAUAACUAUUUAGUACCUUAAUCAUGUCAUUUAAUGUCAGAUUCGUUAUAUUCUGAUUGUUUAACAUUUUCUUUCUAGAGUGGUAAAAAUCUGGUGCAGGGUGUACACUUAGAGGGCUAUAGAAUUGAAUUGCUCUCCUCUCUGACAAGGCUUGCUGUCAAGUCUGUUAUUUUAAUUCCUGAGCAGGUACCUACCCAAUUUGCCUUAGACCACUAUAAAGAAAACUUUCCGUUUUCCCCGAUUCAUUCUGCUAACUGUUAUACUUUGAAGUGAUUUUACAAUUCUAUUUUUCAUCAAAGGAUUUUUUAUGAGAACCAUUUAACUUGUCGUAAUAAUCAAGAAAAGAGACAAAGUUUAUGCUCUGAAACAGUUGGGAGGAUAGCAACCAAAUGUGCAUAUUAAUCGGCGUAAAGCUUGUGAAGGUAUUGCAAGAAGAGCUUGAUGGGAGGUUCUUCAGAAGUACUCGUCGAGACUUCCAGGUUGCGUUUGAGGGAGUUCAAGGGGGCUAGUAACAUCCUUUUUCCAAGGGGACACCACUGAUGUAGAAGGCAAUCAGGAUAGAAGAAAUAGUCUCGGUUCUCGAUUCUGGAUUGAGGGGGUUCAUAUGGUAGUCGGGGAUACUUUUAUAUCUUCUUUUCAACCAGUUGGUGCUCUUAACCUGCUACAUUGAAAGAAACACUGCAGUAUCAUUACAUGUCAUUACAUAAUUUUUUGAACGCUUCCCUAUUUUUUUUAAUUUAACAUUAUGUGAACAGAAUUCAUUUGUUGUUUUCCUUGGGUUCUUACUUUGCUGAUCUUUGCAGGUAGAUUUUCUUUUGACAUUCAUGGUUGAAGGAUGCUCCUCUGUCACAAAAUCUAUGGCCCUUAAAUGUGUUCGUUUUCUGUGUUUCCGGGGAUUCUCUCAUUUUUCAGCCAAAGGGAAUGUUCUGUCAAUAUUAAUGGAUAGAGUAAAUGAUCCUGAACUUCCACUUGCUCUACAAUGUGAUGUCUUGAAAACUCUGCGUCAGGUAAUGUAUAGUAAUUUGACUACGAUUCUUGUCAAUACCUAAAUUUUAUCAAUGCAGUCUGAUGCAUGACUGAUUGUAGCUUUUCAGUGAUCUACCAAAAGUAUGCCAUGAGGAUACACCUCAGUUUAGAGGUCUGGUUAUGUGUGUUCAACUUGCAUCCCAAUCUCCGCACAUUUCAAAGAGGUACUUGUCCCUUGGUUUCCUUGUUGAUAUAGUCUGUAAUACCAAAAGGGCAAGAAAGGGAAAUUAUUCCUGCACUGAGAAACUGCCCCUUGAGUAUGUUAAAUCUCAAUCUCAAGUAAGCACGGACGAAUUUCCUGCUGUAAAUGGUGCUGAUUCGCUGCUGAAAGAUGUCUUUUUGCUUCUAUUUGAUGACAUCGCUUCUGUGCUGAAUAAAUCGGAUAAUGGGACUAUGAGGAAAACAGAAUUUGUUGAGGAUACAGGAUGGAGUGAUAAUGGUUAUGAUAUAAAACAAAAGUACAGAAUUCUCUCCAACUACGUUCUACGGCUUGUACAAGGAUGCCCAGCAUUAAGUGUUGUGGUUCUAAGUAGAUUCAGAAGUUUGAUUGAGGAUAUGGUCUCUCAGAUGGAAAUCGAACUUGACAAGUCAAACCCAUCUUUUGAAAGCCAAGACUAUGCACAAGAUGUCCCAGAGACAAUUAUAUCAUGCAUUCGCUGUUUUGUUAUCCCUUGUCUCAAUCUACUUGAUGAAAAUGGUCAGACUGGUACUGAAGUAUGUGCAGUUGUCGAGCUUCUCAUGGAUAGUUUACAGAAGGUUGACUUUUGUAAUUAUGAUCCUCUUGAAAUGGUCUACUUCCGCCUCUUUUCAUUAAUAUCUCGUUGCGAGAAGUCCGGUCGCAUGCAAAUGAUCUGUUCGUCAGAUGCUUAUUUAGACCCAAAUAUUUCUGAAGAUAUCUUGUGGGUUGAACCUGAAAGAUUUGCCCUUCGAUUAGCAAGAAAAAUGAUGACUAGAAAUAAAUACUGGAUGGUUUAUAAAGCUGGAAAAUAUUCAUUGACUGAAGGGCUCUGGUUUGCAGCUACUUAUGCAUUUAAGAAUUUAAUAGCCAAGGCAAAAUCUGAUUCUUGCCGUUCCUGGUUAAAAUGUCUGAUGUUAUUUUCUGGCGCUGAAACUGAAAUCAGGUUACUUCUGUUUCCAGAGCAUGGUGCAAAGCUAGUCAAUGAACUAUGCUUUGACAUUGACCGUGAAAGGCCUCAUGAGGGUAUUGAAGAAAGAAUGGGAAGCUGUGAGGGUGGAAUUGGUUUGAUGCAUAUGCAUAGAGAAAAGCUUUCUCGGGUUCAUAGAAGAAUUUGCUCUUCCCAGGAAAUCCUAUCAGUCGUCGGGACCCAGAAGGGUGGCUUCUGGUUCCAGAACUGGUUCCUAAACCUCAGAGGAAAGGGUCUUGAAAUCCUUCUGGAACUACUUGGGCAUCUGGAUUCAUGCUCUCGUGGGGAGGGAAACCUGAAUAAACAUGUCCCCUCAGGGAAAAAAUUGCCCAUCAGUUCUUCACUUUCCACGGAUGAUGUUGACUUUUUAUCAUCAAAGUUAUCUCAUAUUUCUCUUCAGUUUAAUAAGUUAGCGAGAGAAUAUGAUUUUAUGAUUGUAUCUUUCAUGGAUAUGGACAUCAAAAGUUAUGCAUUGAUAUCAAGGCUUGCACUUUAUUUUUCAUUGCUGGCAUAUUGCACUGGUUUUCCUCUGUACUUUUGUGAUUCAUCUGGUUCUCAUAAUACAGCCAGCAAUUUAGGACGCUUUGAGAACCCUUCAGGUUUGCUUCUUCUUGAGGAUCUAUCCGGAAGAUUGUUUGAGAUGGAUUAUGAGAGUGAUUUAGAUCUCAAGGGGCGUCUGCCAUUUUCUGGGUGGUCUAGGGGAUGCUCACAGUCCAGAAAACAGACAUCUAGCCUUAGCAGCAGAGAUACGGAUACUCUAUCUGUUUGUAGGUUUGCCACUUGUGGGAUUCAUCACUUGCUGAAGGAGGAUAAAGAAGAUAAAAGUAGAGAAGAAUUUUGCGACAUAUUCAGCAAGGGUCUACACCUUUUGAAUACUACUCUUGUGAAGUGGAUGGGUUUACCUUCCCAGAUCCCACGAUAUUUCUUCAGAUUAGGGUAUGUUUUCAGAAACAUUUCUAUUUAUCGUGAGAAAUAUAUUGAUGUCAAAUCAAAUGUCAAGUUUGUGGCUUGAGAAAAAAUGAGAAUUUAUGAUGUCAAAUCAAAUCAAAUAUAUUGAUGGCCCAUGGAGUCAUCAUCUUGAAAAGUUGGAGGUCAAAUGUUCUAUAAUGAUCAGAUCAAUAUAAAACAAAUGUGCUAACUUUUCGUCUUAUUUUACAGGGAUUGCAUUGGUGCUGAGCUCUUUCUCCUCAGCGACCAAACCAGAAACUCAAAUGAACUCUGCAUCUUGGUGGGAAAUCAGUUGUGUCUACAUCUGUGUAUCCAGAUGAGAAAUAUUUCACCUGUGUACCGUGGUAGGAUUUACAAGAUAUAUUGCAUCCUUACUAUCGAGUCACCUAAACCUGUUCCCGAAGGGAAAAAGAGUAGUAAAGUCCUGACAGGGUUUCAACAGUGGAAAACUGAGGAAACUAUGAAUAUCUACGAACUGCUAAUGUUGCAUAUGAGGAAUGAAGCAGAGAAGAGACAAAAUAUGCGAGCAGUUCCUACGGAUGACGUCGACUUGGUGACCGCGUAUGUUUGCGUUGAGCCCAAUACUCUGGGACAGGGUUUCUCUACAUGCUUGCUUGAUGUCUCAGAUUUUCCCGAGGGUGUAUAUCAGAUCAGAUGGCACAGCUGCUGCGUUGAUAAGAGUGAUCACCUGUGGAGCUUGCCUUCUUUUAAUAAUGGGAUUCCUUUCACCGUCAGAUGUCCUGUUUAG